AGAGUUCGGAUAUUCUUUACUUGUUUUAUUGUUUAUAAGAUACAAUUAUAAGAUACAAACUCGUUACAUUUUCUGUGCUAGUCACUAACUUACGCCAUGGGCGGUCGAAAAAGAAGGUUCAGCAAAAACGGUGGUGGAAGCGGCGGUGGCGGUGGCAGCAGCAGUGGUGGUGGUCUCUUCGUGAAAGGCGGUGUAUUAGCAGAUUGGAGAAAUGAUCCUUCUUCCUCAUCUCGUUCCACUCCAAUUCCAUCUCGAAUCAAAUCAAAGUCGAAACCUUUAGAGAAACUGAUUAACGGUAAAUCUGCAAUUGGUCUUGAUUACGUCAAAUCCAAGUUGAUUGUGGAUGAUGGGAGUAGUGGUGAGACAUUGAAAUAUGAUGUGGAUGAAUCUCGUCCGAGGAUUUUGUUUAAUGAUAAGGAGAGUAAAAUUGUUGCCUACGUUGAUGAAACACCGUGCAUUGACGCACAUGGUGGUGUUUCGGAGAUAACUUACGAUUAUUAUUAUGGUUCUGAAUUGGGUGAAAGUUCCUGUUCUCAGCGGAAAGGGUUAGGAUUUAGUAGCGAGACUGUGGAGGAAGAAGAGGAGGAGAUGACACCUAGGGUGGUGAUGGGUGAUGUGUUGGUGAAGGAGGAAAUUGGAGAGGCUAUGAAGGAGGAGAUGACGCCAAAGCUGAUAAGUGAUGUGUCAGUGAAGGAUGAAAUUGAAGGCGGCCCUUCAGAAUUGAAUUCAUCUGCUGAGACGAAGAAAAUUAGUGAUAGUGCCCGAAGGAGAAGGAAGGAGGAAGAAGAAAUGUUUAUUUUAAGUGAUUCGACGCGGAAGAAAAAUUCUGGGUAUUUAUCUGUUGGAGGUAUGAAAUUUUACACGGAAGAUAUAUCGGAUUAUGAAAGUGAUGAGUUGAUGAAUGCUAAUGAAGGAGAAUCACCUGAAGAGAGUUUAGACUCUUCUGAUUCAUCUGAUGUGGAUGAGUCUUCAGGCAGUGAUAGUACAGAUGAUAUUUAUGGUAGUGAUUUGGAUCUUGAUGACGAAGUGGUAAAAGAUUACUUGGAAGGAAUCGGAGGAAGUAGUGAACUUAUGGAUGUGGAUUUUUUGAGGAAAUUAGCGUUGGAUGAUUCUCCAUCAAGUACGAGUGGUGAUGACAAGAGAUCAAAGAAGUUGGGUGGGAUUUCAUUACUCAAUGCAUCGAGAGAAUAUGGUAUGAAAAAGCCACGACCAAGAAAGAAGAGGGAUUCUUUGGGAUCUCAAAGAGGUGAAGGAUAUGGUAUGAGCAUUGGAUCGCUGGCAGAGGAUGAUCUUUUUUUUGUGAAGGAUCCCAGAUCAGCUUCGGGUAAAAAGAAGAAGCAUGCCUCUUAUCUUCCUAGCUCUUGGCCUAGUGAGGGCCAAAAGAGCAAAAAUUUCCGGGGUAUUCCAGGUGCCAAGAAGAAACAUCGGAAAGAAUUGAUGGCGGUGAAACGUCGGGACAGAAUGAUCCGCCGUGGUGUUGAUCUUGAUGAAAUAAAUUUGAAAUUAAAGCAGAUGGUUGUGGAUGAGGUUGAUAUGUUAUGCUUCCAGCCUAUGGUUUCUGGAGACUGUUCUCAGGUGCAGCGCCUAGCAUCAAUUUAUCGCUUAUCCAGUGGUCGCCAAGGUUCUGGGAAAAAGAGAUUUGUCACUGUGUCGAGAACUGCGCAAACAUGUAUGCCAUCUUCUAGUGAUAAAAUCCGCUUGGAGAAGCUGUUACAAGAUGGUGACGAGCCUUCUGAUUUUGUCAUCAAUCAACCUCUAGCAGCUGGAGAGAGAAGCAGAUCCAAAAGAACUCCGAAAUUUAUCAGUUCCGGUUCAUUAGAUGAUAAUUCCUCAUCAAGAAAAAAGUCUGGAUCAGCGAACCGCGGUGGUGGUGGUGAAAGUGGAGGGAAGAAACGGUACAAUGGUAAGGACGCGGUUAUUUAUGACGCUAAUCAACCAAUGUCAUUUGUCUCGAGUGGUGUAAUGCAAGUAGAGGAUGAUUCUAAAAUUGAGGAGGAGAUUCAGAUUACCACGACAACAUCCGUUGUCAAUGCUAAGAAGGAUAUUAUCAGCAGCAGCAGCGUAUCAGUGAUGACAAAGGUUGGCGAGUUUGAGAUGCACACCAAGGGCUUUGGGUCAAAAAUGAUGGCCAAGAUGGGAUUUGUAGAAGGUGGAGGUUUAGGAAAGGAUGGGCAAGGAAUUGUGGCACCUGUGGAAGCUGUCAAACGCCCCAAGUCUCUCGGCUUGGGUGUCGAGUUUUCCCCGACAUCAGAUGCCGCUAAGGAGAAACCUUCUUCUUCAUCAUCUGCCACAAGGGUUAGAACUAAAGCUAGAACCCCUACCACUACUAGAACCACCAGUACUAGUAGAAGAUCAUCUUUGUCAAAAUCCGCGCCUGGAAUUGGAGCGUCAAAACCCACACCUGGAAUUGGAGCAUUUGAGAGGCACACCAAAGGGUUCGGAUCCAAAAUGAUGGAAAAGAUGGGAUUCAUUGAGGGCAUGGGCUUGGGAAGAGAUUCACAAGGCAUAGUGAACCCGUUGGUCGCAGUCAGGCUGCCAAAAUCCCGAGGAAUAGGUGCAACUAACAGUUGAGUGUUACAAUAGUUAUCCCAUUGCAUCUCAUCAUUAAAGUUUAAUUUCUCUUCAUUUUCGUAGUAAUUCUUCUGUUUUCAGUUGUGUAGGAUGUAUAUCUGUACCCUGCUCCUUUACUACUUUGGGUUCUUUGCUUUCACAUCCUUGAUUAUUAUUGUGUGCUGUUGUAAUGGCCUUGAUCGGGAUCAUUCAAUUGUACAUCUAAGGAUUGCCUCCCUUAUUUCAUUGCAUCUCAAA